CCGGCCCCGAGCCCGGGACAGGGACCCGGCCGAGCGGAGCCGUCGCGCCAGCGCUGCGCCGCCAGCCCGCGCGCCUAGCGGAUCGGAGCUGUGCGCGAAACUGUCCUGCCCCGCCCCGCUCCACCCGCGAGGGAAGCUGACAUCUUGUCCUGGAGCCUGAGGGUCUCCAAAGAGCUGACUGGUGGGACUUCUCUGCCCUCUGCCCUCCACCGUCCCUUCUCCAGAGCUCCAGCUCUUUCCCCGAGAGGUACCUGUUAGGAUGGAGGAGGCUGGCCAGAACAGAGGGACUCCUGCCCAGAUGCCAUUCAGGUGGCCCGAGGCAGCCGGGAUGACAGCUCUCCCCAGGAACACUGCUACCUGCUGAGAAACAUGAUCAGCAAGUCCCCUCCUCUGUGCGUGUGCCCUGCAGGCUGGAAGCUCCUGGCCAUGCUGGCUCUGGUCCUGGUCGUCAUGGUGUGGUACUCCAUCUCCCGAGAAGACCGGUACAUCGAGCUUUUUUAUUUUCCCAUCCCUGAGAAGAAGGAGCCAUGCCUUCAGGGUGAGGCGGAGAGGAAGGCCUCUAAGCUCUUCGGCAACUACUCCCAAGAUCAGCCCAUCUUCCUGCAGCUUAAGGAUUAUUUCUGGGUCAAGACACCAUCUGCCUAUGAGUUGCCUUACGGGACCAAAGGAAGUGAAGACCUGCUCCUCCGGGUCCUAGCCGUCACCAGCUACUCCAUUCCAGAAAGCAUCCAGAGUCUCAAGUGCCGCCGCUGCGUGGUGGUGGGGAACGGGCACCGGCUGCGCAACAGCUCGCUGGGAGAUGCCAUCAACAAGUAUGACGUGGUCAUCAGAUUGAACAAUGCCCCAGUGGCUGGCUUCGAGGGUGAUGUGGGCUCCAAGACCACCAUGCGUCUCUUCUACCCUGAAUCUGCCCACUUCAACCCCAAAGUGGAGAACAACCCAGACACACUCCUUGUCCUGGUGGCUUUCAAGGCAAUGGACUUCCACUGGAUUGAGACCAUCCUGGGUGAUAAGAAACGAGUGCGCAAGGGCUUCUGGAAGCAGCCUCCCCUCAUCUGGGACGUCAACCCCAAACAGAUUCGGAUCCUCAACCCCUUCUUCAUGCAGAUAGCAGCUGACAGACUGCUGAACCUGCCCAUGCACCAGCCACGAAAGAUUAAACAGAAGCCCACCACCGGACUGUUGGCCAUCACCCUGGCCCUCCACCUCUGUGACUUGGUGCACAUUGCUGGCUUUGGCUACCCGGACAUCCACAACAAGAAGCAGACCAUUCACUACUAUGAGCAGAUCACGCUCAAGUCCAUGGCGGUAAGCAGUCCCUGCUUGCGAGCUGGGUGGGGCAGACUGGCCUGGGGACACUGGGUCUCCAGAAUUGUGACAGCCCUGCCGGUUGUCUGUCUCCACCCGCUUUGUUCUCCAUCCUCCUGGGCCCUGCUUAGCUGCCAGCUGGGCUUCCCGCCACCCCCGCAGCUGCUCCUUCACAUCUGGAGCCAGAAGGGAGAGCAGGAACUCCCCCCUAGGGGAGUCUUGCAACUGUGUCCCUGGCUUUCUCGGAAAGAGUUGCAGCCUUGACGUUUUGAGACAGCUAGGUUGGGACAGGGCAGAUAACGAGGGGCAGAGAUUUGGGAAGCACAGAGGGAGAGGACACAUUUCUCCACAGUGUUGGGUGGACUUGAGAACACCAACCUCAUCCCACAGAAUGGCCCCGAGAACCAUCUGGGAAUGGAAUUGCCGGCUCUCCUGGAAGCCGGGGCAGAACUGCUGUGCUGGCUGCUCACCCCCCAGGGGAGAGGGGGGUUCUGAAAGCAAGUAAGGCCUCAGCAUCUGCAGCCCCCAGAUCCCCCUCCUCUACAUGGGCAAGUUUUGCUUCCCAAGUUUUGUCCUGGGAGGGUUCAGGGAGGACUUGCUAACUCUGACUGGGGUGUAAGUAGUGUGUGUGUGUGUGUGUGUGUGUGUGUGUGUGUGUGAAAUCUCAUCUCUGCUUAUCCUUGACACUUCCCUAACAGCUUCUCGUAAGAGUGUGCAAGGGAGUGUCCAUUUCCCCAUCUAGGGCCAUUAAAAGUGGCUGUCAGCACGUAUGAUCCAGCUGUCCUGGACUGGGGCCACUGCCUGUUACUGAACGUGCCUAUACUUGAGCCAGAAUCCAACACACAUGAUGGGUCAGACCCGUCUAAGUUCCACACACGCAUAUGUAGACACAGGAGCAUUUUACAUUCUAGUUGGCUUAUGCCAGUGAAGCCAUGUGCAGCCAGCCAGUCCUUCACAAUUAAAUAUGGACAAGAGCGUGUACGGGAAUGGGGGUAUAUAUACCCAAAUUGGCCAUCCUUCCCUUGAGGGGGUGGGUUCAGCUUUCUGCAGGGCAGUCCUGCCAAGGGUCAGAGAGUGGACCUUGGAGGUGGAGUUGUGGGAUGGGGAUCUGUGGUGUUCUUAGAAAGGGACUUUCAUUCUUCAGUUAGUGUAACCAGUGUGAACGAACUGCCUGCCAGCCUGCCUGGUACUGAUCAAACCAUCUCCUGAAGAUAAGGGGGGCGGGGAGAGGGGCGCAGGAGGAAAGCCCUUGGGUGCAAGUCAGCAGAUCUGGGUCUGACACCAGACCCUGCCACUUGGUUAUGUGUACCCGUGGGCCAAUCAUUUCUCCCGUCUAGGUUCCAAUUCGUACAUUCAUUGAAACGAGAGUGGGUCCAGCCAGUGAGGACCAGUUACAUCAGAAUUACCUGGGGGUGAUUUAUAUAGAGAUUCUUGGGUGUUCCCAUGUCGCUGGGGAUGGGAAACCUGGAAUCUGGAAUUUUAAUAACACCCAGAACCACUGCUGGGGUAGACUAGACGAUGAUCUCACGGCCUCUUUGACUAGAUGGCCUACGCGCAGAGCCCACCCUGACCCCCCGGAGCUUUUGCUCUGGUUUAAUUAGGCGCAUGCGCGCCGGAGGAGCAACCGUGCCCAGCUGGCCCCGCCCCCCAGCCGCCGCCGCAGGGGCGCGCAUGCUCCGUCCACGAGGGCGCGGGGUGAACCGGUGGGGGUCGGUGGAGGCAGAGCGGCGCCCUCCCGCGGUCAGCCUGGAGACCCCUUGAAGUGUCUGGCGACCUCUACGGAGGUCAGCCGGGCGGUCUGCAACGUCCGUGGCCCCUGUCCAGGUUUUGCACGCCGGGCCGCGGUUUUCUGAGCCGGUGCUUACCCGGGCCCUUCUGAUCUCCGCUCGGCCGCUUUCACGUGACCUUUGGUGACUUCGCCGAGGCCAGGGGUGCACCUGUCUUCACCUGCGACGGAGUGGAAAACAUCUCCAUCCCCUUUCGCCUCGAGAAGUCUAGCCUUCCUCCACAGAGGGAGAAACUGAGGCCCUGGGAAGUGAAGGGACACCCAGCUCCACCACGCGGCUGAGUACGACACAGUUUCAGUCUUUUAUCUGGCUUAGGAUCACAUUUAAAUGAUGUUCUAUAUUCACAUUACAUGGUGUGCCUUAA